UCUGGAUGGGCUAGAGUGUCGCCUUCCGCCUGUGCAGCCGCGUGAGUGACCUUCUCGCGCCCACUACGAUGCUGGCCGCGGCUGCUCACCCCUUGCGGGGUCCCUGCUUGAGGUUCCGGGCCGCGGCCCUGCUCCAGAACAGGCUGCCAUUAUUGGGUGUUUGUGCCCUGAGGCCCAUGAGAACCAGCUGUCAUCGAAGAAGAAGUGAUACUCUGGCUGAAGCCACUCUGGACAAUGCUCCCAAGCAGUACCCUCCUAAGAUUCAGCAGUUAGUACAGGACAUCGCUGGCCUUACUCUACUGGAAAUCUCUGAUCUCAACGAGUUACUGAAGAAAACAUUGAAGAUUCAGGAUGUGGUGCCAAUGGGUGGCAUGGUACCAAGUGCUGCCACUGCAAAGGUAGUUCCUGAGGCAGCAGAAGAGGAAGAAAUGCCCAAGCAGAAGGAACGAACACAUUUCACUGUUAAGCUGACAGAAGCCAAGCCUGUGGAUAAAGUGAAACUAAUCAAGGAAAUAAAGAAUUACAUUCAAGGCAUAAACCUUGUUCAGGCAAAGAAGCUGGUAGAGUCUUUACCCCAGGAAAUCAAAGCCAAUGUUGCCAAAUCAGAAGCAGAGAAGAUUAAAGCAGCCUUGGAAGCAGCUGGUGGCACUGUGAUUUUGGAGUAGGAGUUUGGUGCUUUGAAGGACUUGUGCAAAGUGAGACUUACUCCAGUCCAGUCUGACCACUUGGGCAGUAGCCCCAUGUGUAUUACUGCUGCCUGCAAACCUGAACAGAUGCGCUUAACCAUUGUGGGUAGUUUUGAGUGAGAACUUUCUCAGCUUUUCAGGGAACUCUGUUCUGGGAGGGAAGGAGGAGCCCAUCUGUCCGAGGCCCUUUUAAAAGGCUACUAUGAAGAAGGACACUGUGAAACAUAAGAGUGGGGAGCAAGUUUGUUCAAACAGUAGCCUAUGAGGAAAAUAUACUAUUACCCAGAAUUCCAGUGUGUUUAGAAUUGUGUGCUGAAGACCAGUGACAGGCAGGCAGCCAAGAAUUGACACAGCAAUAUCUUUAACUACCAAAGUUAGAUGUUGGGGGAUAACCUAGGACUGUGGGGUGGUCCGGGCCCUAAAUCUACCUGCCUGUUCUCUUUAUUGUGUUGCCAGUUAUACACUGUUUUUCUCAAGUCCCUAAGAAAUGGUACUGAUCUCUCAUUUUCACCAUUUCAUUGUGGUGUCUAUAGUACACGGACUAUAUGAUGGUACUGUUGGUUUAAAGAAACAAAAACUCAGACACCAUUGCCUCAGCAAGCUAAUAUUCUGAUUGGGGGGACGGUACAUGUACAUAGAUGUUUAACAGUAUAAGGUAUUAUAGGAGAUGGGACAAACAAGUAACAUAGGAUUUAUGAAAGCUUGCUCAUCCAGAAUAUAGAAAAAGGUUGUCUGGCAAAGAUAGGGUUCAAGAAGGACUUUAAAGCAAGGAUUGGGUUUAUGGAAAUGGAGGAAGAAGGCAUAUAAACAGGAACAAUAGUGGGAGCAAAAUAGGAGCAAAAGUGUUCUGGAUGUAUUUAGGGAAUAAUAAGUAAAUUAGAUUGGCUGGGAAGCUAUGUACAGCAUAGGGAAAAGGCUUUAGAAGGCCUUGAAUCCCAAGCUAAGGAAUUUGGGUGUUUAAUUAACCCACAAAUGUCAAAACCCAAGGGAAUGGGAGAUUAACUUAGCUGAGCUCAGCUUUAGGAAUGAGCCCUGUAUGGGGCUUCUCUAAACUUGGAAGGGAUUAGAACCAGUAAUACUGCAUACUAAUCAUCCAGGCUAGACCACUGCUUGUCCGGCUUAAGAUAGAGCAGCAUGUAUCUCACAAGGCAGUAGGGGGUGUAGGGGGGAGGUGCGUAGUGGACACUAGUCCUCUUGUCAGGAGGCCUUAAUUUAAAUUUGGCCUCAGACAUUUGAUACUUACUACCUAUGUAAUCCCAAUUGCCUCAUUAACUCACCAAAACAACAACAACAACAAAAACCCCAACACACAAGCCUAGGAGGUUCAGCAGACAUGUGCUAUGGGAAUUAGGAGACAUUUGACCACCUCGUAUGUGUGGAAAGAAGUCUUUAGAGGACAGAAAAGGUGAUCUAAAACUUCCUAAUCUCAGGGGCCUUCCCCAGACUUUUCCCUUGGUUUUGCCUAUGUAAUUACUGAAAAGUUAAUGAUUUGCCUAGGUGGUCUUGGGGCAUCUGAUCCUUCCCUGAAUCUUCCUGUUUGCUCUCUGGGGUGUAACGGUCUCCUUGCAAGGUGAUUGCUCAGAGCAGGGGAGAAGCUAAUCAUUUUCUAGCAUCCAUUUUCUGUGCCAUUUAUCCCCAGGAACAGAGAUAGAAUCAUAAAAAUCAAAAAAAUUGAAGGCUUAUGCCCAAAUCUCUCUUUUUUUUUUUUUAAAGUCUGGAACAGAAUUUAUUAUACUUUUUCUGAAGUAAAACAAAACAGAAUUAGUUAUUUUGAUCUAAGAUAGAGCAAAACUAAAAAUAGAUCUUAUUAAAAGAGAUAAGGAAGGAAAGUACUUCUUUUUUAUGCCCAAAUCUCAAGCCAUUCUAUGUUCUGAUCCUACCUGGUUACAACUGUACUUCUUCCUUUUCUAAACUCAAGUCUCUGGUAAUACAGUUAUAUGAGAUAUUUUUGACAUUUUUACUUUUAGCCCUAGCCUUUGAAUGAAUAUAAAAAAUAGUCUCGGUUUCAAGACUAUUCUAACCUGAGCAAGAAUUCCCUCUACCAUAUACCCAAGAAAUAGCUCUUAUUUAAAGAUUGGAGAGAAAACCUGCUACUUUCCAAAGAAACUCAUUUUACUUUUGGUUAACUUAAUAGUUGAGAUUUUUUCCUUAUAUCAAACCUAAAUCUUUCUUUACAACUUUAAAAUUACUACUUUUGGCUCUCCCCCUCAGGCCAGGCAAAAUAAGGCUUAUUCCUCUUUCAAGUGACAUACCUUCAAAUAUUGGAACACUAGCUCUUUUGUUGCACCUCACUAACUCACUGAGCCCCUUGUGUCACAUUUUCUAUUAGGCUUAGCAUCCCUAGUUCCUGCAGCUGAUCUUCGUAUGCCAUAAUCCUGAACAGUACUUUGGUUCUCUUUCAGACUGUCUAAAGCAGAGAUGGGGAACGUCUGGCCCUUGGGCCAUAUGAGGCUUGCAAAAUCAUUUGGUUCAGUCCUGCCAAGGCAAGUGCAGGCAAAGAUGAGCUGAAAGCCAGGCACAACAAUCUCCCACUGCUUGAGUUUUAAGUUGAUAAUUUUGAAUGGCCUGUGAAUGAUGUUAUAAAUAUCCAAAUACUCCUUGGCAGAAAAAAGCUUCCCCACCCCUGGUCUAAAGCAUAUUAGUGGUCUUUCUAAAAUAUGCCCAUAACUCAACAUAAUACUCCACAAAUAGUCUAAGUGGGAGGAAGAGAUCCUAUAUUCAGUAACAACAUGGCUCCCUUUAUGUAUUGUAAGCUAACAUUAGCUUUUUGGGGCCAUAAUUACAUAUUUAAGGAGCUUGUUUUUAAUUCAAACUCUCAGAUCUUUUCCAUCACACAUCCUCCAUUUUUUCUUGUGAAAUUUGUCUUUUUUUUAAAGUGUAAGAAUUUAUUCCUAUUAAAAUUCAUCUUAGUAGAUUGGCUCACAUUCUAUCCUUUACACAUCUGGGAUCCUGAUUCUUACCUAGUUAGAUGUCAUCUUCAAAUUUGAUAAAUUUGGCAUAUGUGCUUUUAGUAUAGGGCCAAGCAUAAGUUCCUUUUUCUUUUUUAAAAUUAAAGCUUUUUAUUUACAAAA